UUGUCUAGAUUACUCCAUAGCUUCAGAAGUUUAAGUUGGUUUGUAAGAAAGUAAAAUAGCAACCAUGGCAGGGUUGGCAAGUGCAGUGAAAUUAGCUUCCUUUCUUUGUAUAAUUUUCAUAGCACCAUGGAUGGCUUCUGCCGCACUUGUCCAGCACAAUUUCACUAUUGGUACACAGAACGUGACUAGAGUGUGUAACACAGAGACCAUUGUGACAGUCAAUGGACAAUAUCCUGGCCCGACUAUAACUGUUGACGAAGGCGAUAAUCUUAUCGUCGAAGUGCAAAACGAUGGGCCGUAUAAUGUGACUAUACAUUGGCAUGGGGUAAAGCAGUUUGGAUCGCCAUGGGCAGACGGACCGUCCUACAUAACCCAGUGUCCCAUUGCUCCUGGGAAUAAAUAUACCUAUAAUUUUACAAUCACUGGACAGGAAGGGACGUUGUGGUGGCAUGCACAUAUCUUAUAUCUGAGAGCUACUGUGCAUGGAGCAUUGGUCAUUAAACCCGGGGCUGGAAAUGAUUAUCCAUUUUCCGAACCAGACGAUGAAAUUCCUAUUAUUCUGGGUGAAUGGUGGAAUGCGAAUGUGCAAGAUGUAAUUUUAGAUGCGAUUGCAACAGGAGCUGUACCAAAUGACUCCGACGCAUACACCAUUAACAGCCAGCCAGGAGAUUUUUUCCCAUGCUCUUCCAACGAUACUGUGCGUUUCUUGGUUGAGAUGGGAAAAACCUACCUAUUGAGGAUAGUAAAUGCUGCCAUGAUCCAUACAUCUUUUUUCAAAAUUGCCCAGCACAAUAUGACCGUUGUGGCAAUGGAUGCUGUUUAUGUCAAGCCAUAUACAACCGAUGUGUUGCUCAUAGCCCCAGGUAAUACUAUGGAUGUGCUCAUAACAACUGACCAGGAAGUAGGGCUCUACUACGUUGGCACCCGCGUAUACAAUAGCCAGCCUGAUGGAACCCAAUACCUAAAUACCAGUGCAACAGCAAUAUUGCAAUACGAAGGUGCCCUCAAUACAUCUACUCCUCUUUUGCCCGACUUUCCUGACUAUAACGACACAGAUACUGCAUUCAAUUUCAGUUCAUCCCUGAGAAGCCUGAACUCCUCUGUCCCACAGACAGUAGAUGUAGAAAUGUAUAUAACAGAGGGACUAGGACUCAUUACCUGUCCUGAUAAUUCAUGCCCAGAGAACAAUGGUGUAAGAGGAGUUGGAAGUUUUAAUAACAUUUCAUUUGUGGAUCCUGAUAUAGCCAUAUUGCAGGCUUAUUAUAAUGAUAUAGAUGGAGUAUUUACCAGAGAUUUCCCAGAUAAUCCUCCCGUGGAGUUCAAUUACACUGAAGCUGAUAUUCCCCUGAGUUUUUGGGCGCCCGAUACGGGGACAAGAGUUAAAGUUCUGGAAUUCAAUAGUACUGUUCAAGUAGUUUUUCAGAACACUGGGAUUAUUACAUUUGAGAGCCAUCCUAUACACCUUCAUGGCCAUGAUUUUUAUCUUGUCGGUCAAGGCUUUGGUAACUAUAAUAAUGAAACAGAUCCUGCAAACUUCAAUCUGGUAGAUCCUCAGAUGUUGAACACUCUUGGAGUUCCUACUGGUGGGUGGGCAGCCAUUAGAUUUGUAGCCAAUAAUCCAGGAGUUUGGCUCGUGCAUUGCCACUUUGAAUCUCAUUCCUCACUUGGGUUUGAUAUGGUAUUUCUUACCUAUAAUGGGCCAGAAGAUGCUGACAUAGUGCCGCCGCCACCUUCUGAUCUUCCUCAAUGUUAGAUGGAUUUAUUCAUCGUUAAGACUUGGAAUUUCACCAUUUGUCAUGUCAAUAAGAUAGAUUGUGUCUUACUUUCUAGACGCCGGCAGGCAGAUUUGAUAGGUUUAUAUGUUCAUUUUUCUAAGCAGUUGACUCGACAGCCAGUCCUUGAAUAAGAUUAUGUCGUGCAUUUUAUUGA